AGUUUAGUUAGUUCUCUUUCUUUCUUUCCUUCCUUUGAGUUGAAUUUGUUCCUAAUGGAAUUAGAAGUUGAUAUUUUGUGGAAGUUCUGUGGAUUUAUCAUGAUUGUGAGCUGGAAAGUGCAACGCCCACUGAAAAUAGACUCCUACAGAAGCAUCACCCAAAAGAAAAAAGAAAAGAUGGACUCUUAGAUAAUCAUUAAAAAAAAAGAAAAAAAGAAAAAAGAAAAAAAAGAUUUGACUUUUAAAUAUAUUAGUGAUUAAUUUGAGUUUCAAAGCUUUUUCUUACUUUUUAAACAUUGGCUUUAAAGUGAGUUGAUUCCCUAUAAUGGUUUGCUUAGGGUCCAUUUUAGUAGGCCCCAUACCCUUCAUGUCAGAUUCCCUUAUGGGAAAGCAGUGCUUCCCCCUCUUAAUCACAAUUAUACGAAGUUAAAGAAAAGAAAAGAAAAGAAAAGAAAAAUUAAAAUGACUAAAAUGUAUGAUUAAGCAGUGAAAAGCGCCUCUCUGCCUGUAUGAAUCUGAUGUGGACAGGUUGCCAAAAUAGGCAUUUCCAAGUUCUAAUUGGAGUUUGAGCUUCAUUUCUAUAUGGAGACAACCAGAGAAGAAUCACAAGAGCUUCCACUCAUACAACACUCAUAUGCAUAGCAAUUUGAUGGCUUUCAUAGGUGUAUUCUACAUUGGGAAACAUAUGUAGAUCAGACAACCGUUUCAUUCAUUUUCUAAUAUCACUGCAGAAAACAGAACUGUGCUUUCUCGUGAUGUCAUUAACAGUGGAGUUCGUAACUCACGCCCUGUUCCUGUUGGGAUGCCAUCGUAGUCAUUACAUUGACAUGCAAAGUUGAAAAUCUUAAUGAGCAUUCUAUUUAGGGGGACCUAUGAGACUAACAAGAAUAUGGUGGAUAAAUAAAUUCCGGAAGAAGGCAAAGUGUUUAUAAAUAAAUGUGUUUGAAACCUGCCCCACUCCUUGUGUGGGUCUGUUGUUGAAUGCUGUGAAAUUUUCACUGAAGAAUGGAAGAUGAUGAAGAGGGUUUCUGGAUGUUGCUCUCAAAGUGGAGCAACGUGCCAUCAGACAUGUUGGAGUCCCGUCUUUUCUUUGUUGCUUGUCUUACUGCAGCUGUUGGAAUAUUCACUAUAGCCUACACUGUCUUUCAAUGGAGACGGAAUAUUAGUCUAAGUUGGAUGAAAGCCGUAGCAAGAUCAAAGAAGAACCCAAAGGCGAAGCAUAAGGUUCCUUCUGCUGCCCAUACAUGGAACUCAGAGUCUGGUUCUCGUGGUAAAUGUCUAAACUGCUGCGUGUGCUUGAAGUCUAUUUCAUCACCACAGCCUCUUGGGCAGAUUGUGGCUUCAGAUUACUCGAUUCACCGUUGUUACAUUUGUGGGGCUGCUGCACAUCCGAAAUGCUCCCCAAGUGCGCCCAAGGAUUGCAAAUGUGUAUCUAUGGUUGGGUGUAAACACGUGAUCCACCAAUGGGCUGUGCGGUGGACAGAAAUCGCAGACAGAUACGAUGAGACUCCUUGCUGUACUUAUUGCGAAGAGCCAUGCAGCGGGUCUUUUCUCAGCGGAUCUCCAAUCUGGUGUUGUAUGUGGUGUCAACUGCUGGUGCAUGUCGAGUGCCAUGCAAGCAUGUCUAAUGAAAUGGGUGAUAUUUGUGAUCUGGGUCCCUUUAAGAGACUGAUUUUGUCUCCUCUCUUUGUUAAGGACUUGGGAAGGACUGGCGCAGGUGGGUUUUUGAGCUCUAUCACGCAUGGAGCAAAUGAGCUAGCAUCUUCUGUACGCGGGUAUGUUAGGACCCAUAGCAAAAAGUACAAGCACGGCGGUGAAACCUCAGUUGAGUCAGUUAAUUGCGGCAAUACUGCUGGCUCAUCUACAGAGAGCACUGCUGAUGCUCCCCAGACAUUGAAAGGCCCUCAUGGAAAUGAUGAUAAUUGUAAUGGUGUUGUAGACAUGGUUAGGCCGCAGAUAAGUGGUGAAAUUGAUAACAAGGAGGAAAUGAAGUCGAAUCAGAAAAGAAGUCUCUCAUCCAUUCGGAAUGAUGAUUCUCAAAUACUAGGAAUGAAACAGAAAUACGAGUUGAUAGAUUUGCCUUCUGAUGCCAGACCUCUCCUGGUUUUUAUCAACAAGAAAAGCGGCGCUCAGCGUGGAGAUUCACUCAGGCAUCGUUUAAACAUUCUUUUAAAUCCCGCACAGGUCUUUGAGUUGAGCGCGGCACAAGGACCAGAUGCAGGUCUAUUUUUGUUUAGAAAUGUGCCACACUUCAGAAUUCUAGUUUGUGGUGGUGAUGGUACGGUUGGUUGGGUUCUAGAUGCUAUUGACAAGCACAAUUUUGAAUCUCCUCCUCCAGUUGCAAUCCUUCCAGCAGGUACUGGCAAUGACCUGGCUAGGGUCUUGUCAUGGGGAGGUGGUCUUGGUGCUGUAGAGAGAAAAGGAGGCUUGUGCACAGUUUUGCACCACAUAGAGCAUGCUGCAGUUACCAUGCUUGAUCGGUGGACAGUAACAAUCGGAAAUCAACAGAACAAGCAUGUUCAGCGCACAACAUUUAUGAACAACUAUCUUGGAAUUGGGUGUGAUGCAAAGGUUGCCUUGGACAUUCAUAAUUUGCGUGAAGAAAACCCGGAGAAGUUCUAUAACCAGUUCUUGAAUAAAAUGCUUUAUGCAAGAGAAGGGGCGAAGAACAUCAUGGACAGGACAUUUGCAGAUAUCCCAUGGCAAAUCCGAGUGGAGGUGGAUGGGGUUGAGAUAGAGGUUCCGGAGGAUGCGGAAGGUGUGCUUGUAGCUAACAUUGGGAGCUACAUGGGAGGAGUUGAUUUGUGGCAAAAUGAAGAUGAGAGUUAUGACAAUUUUGACCCGCAAUCUAUGCAUGAUAAAAUGUUGGAGGUUGUUAGUAUAUCUGGAACGUGGCACCUUGGAAAACUUCAGGUCGGACUCUCUCGUGCUCGGAGGCUAGCACAAGGGCAAUCCAUAAAGAUCCAGCUCUUUGUUCCUUUGCCAGUUCAGGUUGAUGGAGAGCCUUGGGUUCAGGAUCCAUGUACGUUAGGAAUAUCGCAUCAUGGCCAGGCAUUUAUGUUGAAGAGGGCAUCAGAGGAGCCACUUGGUCAUGCAGCUGCUAUUAUCACCGAUGUGCUGGAGAAUGCCGAAACCAACAAAAUCAUCAAUGCUUCUCAGAAGCGGGCCCUCCUCCAGGAAAUGGCCCUCAGGCUUUCCUAGAGCCCUCCCUUGCAUCCCUCAGGUUUGCUUGUUUUCGUUCCAGUCAAAAAACAUCACCACAGAAAUCUUGAUUGGUGCGUAUGAUCGUUUUCUUUAAGAGCAAUAAUGGCUCUUCCAAAUUUUAUGGUUUCAUAAUGUAAUGACUCCCACUUCACUGCAUCGAUUCUAUGAUAUUCUCGUGGGGUGUUUAUGGCAGCAA